AGGAGCGGAUUACAAUUGGUGAGUGCAGAGAAUUGGUAAUCAUCGCAAUUCAGUUUGCUCGGAGGCUGCCACAACAGGAAUGCCUGCAGGAGCCGAUCCAGGAUCCCAGUCCACACGGAACCAACUACCGACUACCGCCAAUGCACAGGGGCGGCGGAACCAGCUGUACAAGAAGCUAACUGCUGUUCAGGAAGGACGGGUUCGCAAUUGGGUGGAGGAACAGUUUAUACAUUUAGACGCCGAGUGGAUCAAGCGGCAGAAACCAGGCGCAAGGCUCACCACUCUUUCUGCCUAUGUUGACAUGAUAAUGCCUGUCCACUCGGUAAUUCUUCAAAUACCACCGACACCGUCCUCAACUUCUAUCCGCUUUCAGUUCUUUCUGCGCCUCACAAUCGAUAUUUUUGACCGGUCCACGAUGUACCAUCAUUCGCCCGAUGUCGCUCGAUCUCCCUCCGACGAGCAACACGAGGAACUUCUGAAACUCGUGGAUUGUUUUUGCCUAUUUGAUGAGGGAUGGGUAGCAAUCCUUUCUUCUCAAUACUGGGACAUUGAUAAAAAGAAACCACUGGAAUACGAGCCGGGCACACAGAAGAACAACAGUCGAACAGGGUUGAGCGAGACAGAGAAGAGUAUGUUACAGAGUACACUCAUCAACGGAAAGGCAGCCGUAGAUGAUGGCUAGAAGAUUAUGUCGGACUCGACGACAAAAACCUUAAGAGAAGUUCUAUGAGUCGUUCUGCAAGACCCUCGAGAUACUGGAGGGGGAUGAAGAAACAGAGCUGCUGAAGGGCACGCCCGACUUUACGUAUCCGGAAG